AUGCCAAAUGAAAUCAAUAACAUAAUUCAUAUACCUCAAGUAACCGUACAGUCAGAUUGGAUAGAAGUGGUUUCAGACGUUCUUCGAGGGACAGUUGCUUCUGAAUCUUUUUGGGUGUCUUGCUAUCGAAAAGGUUUUACAUCUACUCAUGGUUCAGUUAAAGUCAAAAGAAGCUCUGCUGACUCUCGUUCUGUGGAACUCAUUGGACAAGAUGGUGUCAUAGCCGAAAAGAUAACCAAUUAUUCCUUCUAUGCUUCCUGUGAGGAUCUCGGAAUUAGAAGAGCAAUUAUUAAGGGGUCAAAGGCUACUUUUAAAAAUUUACAUACUUCUGCCAUUAAGUCUAUGGAUAUUUCGCCUGGUGGGGAGUUAUACGUAACUGGUGAUAAUGACGGAUUACUGAAAGUGGGUGACACAAAGGAUGGAAGUGUAAGGAGAGAAUUAAGAGGACACAUUAUUGAUAUUACUACCUGUCGCUUCUUUCCAUCUGGUCAAGUGAUAUUAAGUGGUGCAUCAGAUUUCCAAUUGCGCAUUUGGUCAGCAUUGGAUGGAAGUAACCCGGUUACUUUGAAAGGACAUACUAAGGGAGUGACUGAUUCAGCAAUCAUAGAGAGAGGCAAAAAUGUUCUGUCUUCAUCACGAGAUGGUACUAUUCGAUUAUGGGAAUGUGGUUCCGCUAGUAUCAUACGUACUAUGGGGAAUCAUUCCUGUGCUGUCAAUAAGAUCACUCUAGGAUCGUUUCCUUCUGAAUCGAUUUUCGAAAGAAGAUCUGAUAGUGAAUUGGAUUCGCGUGAAGUUGCAACAAAUGAUAAACUUGUAAUAUGCGCGCUAGAAGAUGGUAGCUUUAGUGGAAUCGAUUUAAGGAGCAAGGAAGAAGUAUUCACCGAAAAGUCAUACCGAAGUAUACCUUUGUAUUCUUGUACUUAUUCUUCUAAACAUAACUUCUUCGCGGUCGGAUCAGCUGAAGGAGUUAUUGAAGUCUUCGAUAUUCGGAAUAUAAACAAAGAUCUUUUCUCCAUUAAAAGGAAUGAUUCAGCAAUUCUUGAUUUGGUUUCCAUUGAAGGGACGGGUGAUAUUUUAGUUGGCCAAGGUGAUGGUUCUGCAUUCCAAAUUCCAACUGAUUUUGCAAGCAAUAUUUCUCAAGCGUCACAUGAAUUUAUUGGUUUCGAUAUGGACCCGAUAUAUUCUAUUCGGGUGAUAAAUAAUGGAAGAUUUAUAUAUGCAGCUGGUCGGGAUGGGAAAAAAUUUAGAAAAAUUUGGACCAAGCAUUCUAUAAUCCCAAACCCCGAGAUGUCAACUGUGAAUUACAGAGAAAAGGCAUUAUGUGUACAUUUAGAUACGAGACCCACUACUAAGUUCCCAAGUUGUUGGAAAUUUUCUGAAUGA